CAACCCUGAAUUCACGGCACAAGUGAUCUCAUCAAGCGCACCCUCCCAUCGCAAAGUCACACAUAAAGCAAAACACAAGAUGCUCACUACGCUCUCCACUCUCGCCGUUCUGGCUCCUGCUGUUCUCGGCCACGGCAUCAUCACCAACCCAGCCCCUCGCGCCCUUGGUCCCGCAUACACCGCAGCCUGCGGUGAAGCCAUCACCACCGCCGUAAAGCAAGACAACACCUCCUAUGUAGAGCAGCUCACCAAGAUCGCAACCUCUGCCGCCGACUACGACGCAAGCGCAUGCCCUCUCUUCCUCUGCAAGGGCUUGCAGUACGCCGACAACACCGAUAGGGUACAAACGUACACUGCCGGACAAGUCGUUCCCAUCAGUGUUUCCAUGCGCAUUCCUCAUCUUGGCAGCGCGAACGUCACCAUUGUCGAUACGCGCACUGAUACGAUUGUUAGCGACCUCUUGAAGAACUGGCCCUCUGGCUACAGCCCGGGCAAGAAGGAGGAGGAUAUUCCUAUCGAGCAGCGCGAGUUCAGCGUCACGAUCCCUGAGGGACUUGAGGAGACGUGCGCCGAGGCUGGCAACUGUGUUAUUCAAUGGUGGUGGUUGUAUGAUGCCAGCCCCAUCAUCAUCGAGACUUUCGAGUCUUGCAUUGACUUCAAGAUCGCAUCCAAUGCCACUCGCGCUGUGAGCUUCAAGGCUUAGAUGAUGACCCCACCAGCUCGUUUCAAAGACAGUGAAAUUCGGAAACAACGAAUAUAACUGGGGCUUUUAGUUAGUUGUGCAAGAUAAUUCUCAUAUGUAAAGAGAUGUGGCCGAAAUAGAGCAAGUAGUGUUUUUUCAAAGUUAAUGAUCAUCUAACGUUAUGACCUGGAAUUAAUUCAGCUUCUCGCCGUUUUCUCCUCGCCUCUCAGAGCUACCAUCUCUUCGGUAUCAUGCUGUUCCUGCAUUGCACUGUAUUUUCCAUUCGAUCUUCGCCUACAGAAACCCUUGCAUAUACCCCCGCACCAUCGGAAAGUUGAAUGAUCGACAGCCGCCUCCAGCCAAUCACGCGCCUGCCGAUCUGUACGAUGUAUAUUGCAUGCCCCAUAAUAAAGCAAUCUACGCCUCGUGCUGCCGCGUCGCCCAAAGUGCUUCUUCGGGAAUCUCACAAUUUGAAAUCAUUCUUUUUCUUUGCUGUUGUGUGGUUUUAUCGUCUGGGGAAAGCUUAGCGUAUACGUCAAUUGUGAACAGUGUCAGUGACGUAU